AUGAGUCUUCUGCAGCCUCGGACUGAUCAUCGCUUUGACCCCUCUGAGGAACAUCCUGAGCUCGAUGGAGUCGAGAUUCCGGACGACAUUGACUGGAACAAUGACACCGAUCCAUUUGGACUGUACGCUUCAAGAGGCUUGCCGCCCCCAAAGCUGAUGUCGCCUGCUGAGGUGCGCCGUGAGGCCAAGGACAAGACGCGCAAGAUAUUCAGCGACUAUCGCCGGCUACAAGCCAUUGUUGAGCGACAUGAAUCCACGAUACAGAAGCGGUGGGAGAAGAAGACGAGAACGCAGCGACUGGCAAUCUUGUUGGAGGCAUGGCCCGACAUGCCAAUCGUCCACCGUCCCGAAUUUGCUGCCUUUCGCAAGUACCCACGCCAAUUGCACGCAGCGGCUGCUACGCACUAUGGCUCAUUCAUGUGGCCCUACAUUAAUCAGGAAGACCUAGCGAAACCAAAGUCGCUGCUAAUGUUGCUGAAUGCUCGAGCGAGGAACCAUCCAAGUGUGUUUGCGGCUACCGACGGGGAUGCAAUGCAUCUGGGCAAGGUCUCUUGUGUUAUUGUGCCUAUAUUCCUCAAUGAAUAUGUCAUGAUGAUGAAUGGCGUCACGAGGGAGGAAGACUAUGGCAAGCUUGUUGGUUGGCACGAGAAUGAUGAUGCCUUUCAAUGGAUGAGCACCCGGAAACAGGCCCUCCCAGGAGAAGGACUUAUCACUCUCGAAGCGCAGAGUCGACUGUUGGCGUUUCUAACCUGCUGUUGUGAGAAGAUACUCCACGAUAUCCCACAAGAACAAUUGACCAGCGACGCAUAUCCUAUUCAGCCGGAAUCCUUUUUAAGGCCCGGCAACGACUCCGGCGGUUUAGGUUCCCUGGUUGUUUUGGCAGAGGAAGCGCCCUACCGAGUUCCUGCCAAGCUUGACCUGGGGAAGAUCGAGUCGCUGCUUGCCGCGAGGGCUGCGCGUGCCGAGGAUCACAUCUGGACUCUACGUGAGGACCCAAGUUACUUCGCGGAUCAGCUCUUUGAGUUGAAGGAACAUCGAAACGAAGCCAUAAAGGAUGUACUUGGAAACGUGCACCCAACCAUGAAACCUCCACGAGAGAAUCUCUUAUGGGCUCGUUUGAUAGGAAAUGUGGUUACUGAUGCGUACCUCCAGCUCGAACUCUUCUCAGAGCUUCACAGCCAGGCCAACAAGCUGCAGGCGCUGCAAAACAAGUACGAGUCGGACAUUUCACCACUUCGUGAUUUGCCAGAGGAAUACUUGGAUGCUCUACUCAAGUUUCGUUAUUAUCUUGAACAGAUCGCCAAGGGACCUCUCAACCAGCUCAAGGAAGCAGUUGUGGCAUCGCCGCCAAUGAGAGGCUUCUACGUCCGCGACGUACCAGAAUCAGCAACUUCGUCCAAAAUGCGAAUCACGUCAAAGCCCGGCAUGAAGAAGGAUAAAAUCGCGGAAUCCUUGACAUGGCUUUUACAAACUUUGUGGGAAGAUGGCUAUAAUCUGUUCUUGUGUCGUUUGCCUACUGUCGUCGAUGAGCUUGAGAGACUGCUAAAAGCAGAGCAAAAAGCCCGGGACCUUGUGUCCCCAUAUAUUGCCGGGUUAAUUGGUGAGCUGUCCAUUCUGGCCGAAUGCUUAAGGCAGGUCGAUAUCUACCAACCUUGGGCCAACGGAUUCGAAAACGCAAUGGUUGAUAAAGAGAAGGGUAUCAAAACGCGUUUUGCAGAGCGAACUGCGACAAUGGGUCGGGUCAUGGAGGCUCUUCGAGAUCAAAAUCUGCUCAAGGUCUGCAGCUUUGGAGAUCCGUCAGACAAGAAAUUUGACUAUCCCAUUGGCAAGCGGCGCAACAAGGAAAACGUCGACAAAUUGCGAGCAGCUGAAAUCCACCUUGACCUCUUCUGGAGCAAAAUUGACGAAUUAAUUCUCACCAAAGUUGGACGCAUGGACGGUACAGCUCUAGGUCGACUUCUAUCACAGCCCCGACUUCUGCAGCGCACACCGGAGUGGGUCGAUACAGCAUCGCAGAAAGACGAGAAGCUAAAGAAGAAAUCGGACAUUGGAUCAAACGACCCUACCAAGCAAUUUUCGUUUUCGGAGCCAGAACCAUCCUCACUCCGGAAAGAAGUAUUAGCUGCAGGGGUUCCGAAGGCCAAGGUCAAGUCCCGUGGAACGCCCAACUCAUUGAUGGUGAAUAGCAUGAAUGUGACUGAACCCACUAUGCCUAUUGAAAGAGAGCUAGACCCCCAACCCACAUUACAGGUGGACUCCCGGGCCCUCAAGGUGUUUCGAAUUGUCUUCUUCGACCCGGCAGCCAAUACAACUCCCGGGGAAGUUGCAUGGAAUGAUUUCUUGCAUGCCCUGAUCAGCGUCGGCUUCAGCGCAGAGAAGCUCUACGGAUCCGUCUGGCAGUUUCAGCCUUCUGGAUUAGACGUCGAGAGGGGCAUCCAAUUCCACGAGCCACAUCCCCGUGGCAAGAUUCCAUUUUUGAUAGCAAGAAGACAUGGUAGACGACUGACCCGAACGUACGGGUGGUUUGGUGGCAUGUUUGCCUUGAAAGACAAAACAACCUAGAUAUAUUUACUCCUUGGUGGUAGAGUCCAGGCAUAUACCGAGUUCAUUAGAGAUACUGAUCGAGUUAAUGUACUUUUCGAAGGCUGUCUAAUGGGUUACCAGGUCUCAUUGCGUGAGACCUAGCAAGAGAAAACAAGAAAAAUAGACAUAUUAACGUUU